UAUAUAUAUGGAAACAAGCGUCGGGAAAGCUCUGGAGAGGAACCAUGGGGUUGUUCAGAGCCCUCGCUCCCCUCUUAGUCCUGCACCUGCUGGGGGACUCAAAGGCUUCCCUAGUGCAGCUGAAGGACAAUGGCUAUGAAGACGUCAUCAUCGCUAUAGAUCCCACUGUCCCAGAAGAUCCCCAAAUAAUUGAACACAUAAAGGACAUGGUGACCACAGCAUCAACCUACCUGUUUGAAGCCACAGAAAAAAGAUUUUUUUUCAAAAACGUGUCUAUACUGAUUCCUGAGACUUGGCAGAAAAAUUCUGAAUACACAAGGCCAAAAUAUGAGAGCUACGAACAUGCUGAUGUUAUAGUUGCACCACCAGCCGUGCCAGGCAGAGAUGACCCAUACACCAAGCAGUUCUCAGAAUGUGGAGAAAAGGCGGAAUACAUUCAUUUGACUCCUGAUGUUGUUCUGGGCAAAAAACAAGAUGAAUAUGGACCAUUAGGGAGACUACUUGUCCAUGAGUGGGCCCAUCUCCGCUGGGGAGUGUUUGAUGAAUAUAAUGAAGAGAAGCCUUUCUACAGGAGCGAGUUAAAUAAACUUGAAGCCACAAGGUGUUCUGCAGGUAUCUCUGGGUUAAACAGAGUCUACACAUGUCAAGGAGGUAGCUGUAUAACUAGAAACUGCAAAAUAAAUUCUACCUCGAAACUAUAUGAAAAAGAUUGUCAGUUCUUCCCUGAUAAAGUUCAAACAGAAAAAGCAUCCAUAAUGUUUAUGCAAAGUAUUGAUUCUGUUGUUGAAUUCUGCAAUGAAAAAAACCAUAACCGAGAAGCUCCAAGUCUACAAAAUCUAAAGUGCAAUUACAGAAGUACCUGGGAGGUCAUCAGAGAGUCUGAGGACUUUAACAGCACCACACCGAUGAAGGGACUACCUCCUCCACCUACCUUCUCAUUGCUGAGGAUCAAUGAGAGAAUUGUGUGCCUUGUUCUUGAUAAGUCUGGAAGCAUGGCUCUUGAUAAACGCCUCACUCGAAUGAAUCAAGCAGCAAAAUUUUUCUUGCUGCAAAUUGUGGAAAAUGGAUCCUGGGUAGGAAUGGUUGAAUUUGACCUUACUGCACACAUUAAAAGUCAGUUAAUACAAAUAAGAGGCGACAGCGAAAGAGAUACCAUGAUGAAGAGCUUACCUACACAAGCUAACAGUGGAACUUCCAUCUGCAAUGGGAUUAAAAAAGCAUUUGAGGUGAUUACAAAUGCAAGCUUCCAGUUGAGUGGGUCUGAAAUACUGCUGCUGACUGAUGGGGAAGACCACACGGCGAGCGGUUGUGUUAAUUCAGUGAAAGAAAGCGGGGUCAUCGUUCAUUUUAUUGCUCUGGGACAAUCUGCAGAGCCAGUAGUCACACAGAUGAGCAUUGAAACAGGAGGAAAACAGGAAUUGGCUUUAGAUAACGCUGUGGACAAUGGACUCAUUGAUGCUUUUGCUGCCCUCACAUCAGAAAAUGCUGAUCUCACUCAGAAGUCCAUUCAGCUUGAAAGUAAGGGACUAACAUUGGACACUGGCGCCUGGAUGAAUGACACUGUGGUAAUUGAUAGCACUGUGGGAAAGGACACGUUCUUUCUCAUCACAUGGUCCAAAGAGCAGACUCCUGCUAUUUCUCUUGUGGCUCCCAAUGGAUCACUGAUAGAAGGUUUCAAACAGGACAAUGACUCCAAAAUGGCAUAUCUCACUAUUCCCGGACAUGCACAGGUGGGCACAUGGCUUUACAAACUUCAAGCCAAAGCAAUCUCACAAAUACUCACUAUUACAGUAACUUCUCGGGCAGCAAAAGCUGCUGUGCCUCCAAUCACAGUGAGUGCGAGAAUGAAUAAAGUCACAAACACCUUCCCGAACCCCAUGAUUGUUUAUGCAGAAGUUCGACAAGGGUAUGCGCCCAUUCUUGGAGUCACUGUGACUGCGAUCAUUGAAUCAAGCAGUGGACACACAACAGUUUUGGAUCUACUGGACAAUGGUGCAGGUGCUGAUGCUUUCAAAGAUGAUGGAGUCUACUCCAGAUAUUUUAUAGCUUUUUCAGAAGAUGGCAGAUACAGCUUAAAAGUGCGAGCUUACGCAGGAACAAACUCUGCCAGACUAAGCUUACCACGGAAUAGAGGUGCCUUUGUACCAGGUUUGGUUGAGAAUGGAGAAAUUAAAGGGAACACACCAAGACCAGAAAUUGAUGAUAAUAAUCUGAAGGUUGUGGAGAGUUUCAGCAGAACAGCAACUGGAGGUGCAUUUGUGGUGUCAGAAUUUCGAAAUGUUCCCCUAAAUGAAGCAUUCCCACCAAAUCAAAUCACUGACCUCGAGGCCACAUAUGAAGAUGGUAAUAUCACCCUAACUUGGACUGCACCAGGAGAGAAUCUUGAUACUGGAACAGUUCAACAGUAUAUCAUAAGGAUAAGUGGAAGCAUGAUUGAUCUGAGAGACAAUUUUGAUGAUGCGCUUCAAGUUGACACGACUGACCUGCUGCCAAAGGAGGCCAACUCCAAGGAAACCUUCACAUUUAAACCAGGAAAUAUCUCAGAAGAAAAUGCAACCCACAUCUUCAUUGCCAUUCAAAGUGUAGACAAAAGCAAUCUGACAUCAAAAGUGUCCAACAUUGCUCAAGUGGCUUUGUUGACCCCAGAAGUUGAUCCAACACCAUCUACUAGUGAAAUUCAGACUACUCCUUCUGCUGGAAAUUAUGGUCCUAAAGUUAAUCUUUUUGCCAUUGUGUUGUCAGUGGGAUCUGUUGCACUUGUUAGUACUGUAGUACCACUAUUUGUCUUUUAGAAAAGGAAGGGAAUCUCUAAGCAGACCUAGAAACAGAUUUUAAAAAACAAAGCAACAGAAGUAAAGGAUAUUUCUGAAUUUUUAAUUCAUCCUUUCUGUUUAUGAACUCACAAAAAUAAUUUUAAGAAGCUUAGAAAAAAUAUUUUGAUUAAAUGAAAAUAUCCAUAGAUUUGUGAAAUACUGCCCAUACUAAUCUUUAAUAAUUUUAUUUACUAAUAUUUAUCAUAGUGAUGAAUAAAGAUUAUUUUUCAUAGUCA